AUUCAUGAUCCUUGAGGUCCCUUCCAACCCUGGCCAUUCUGUAAUUCUGUGAUUCAUAGGUAUGUAUCUGGAGAAGGAGUGAUGAUAGCAGCUGUCUUGCAUUCAACCUAGAAGAAAUCUGCACUGAUUUAAGGACACUUAGGAUAAUACACUUAGAAAAUACAGAGCCUAGAUACAAACAAUUAUUUAUAUUCAAAAUCCCUGGCACAGAAAAUGGGUUACGAUGUGAUCUUAGAGCACUGGGUUGCAGGAGCUUUUUGCCAGAAUCCUGAAAGGAAAAGCUACAAAAGUAAGUUCUCUGAAAAGCAACCUAAUGCUUAAAACAUGGGAAAAAUCACCAGGAGAGGAAGGCACUGUUGUUUGCAUGUGCAUUUGGAGCAAACCAUCUGCAAACAUCAUCAGGACAGCCCAAGGCAACACCCAGAGCCUGUGCUUCGGUUCAGGCUUGUUUCUAAUGCCUGCAACUGACUGUCACACUCAUACUGCAUGGAUGCAACCUGCAAUUCACUCAAGGCAGACCCAGUGAAGGCAAGCCCACAGCCCCAUCUGAGAGAGCCUUCAGUAAACAUUCUGAAGGGUGGAGCAAAGGCUAUGGAAUGCGCCCUGUGACACCACUGUGUAUCACUGGGUGCCCGCAGCCCAGGACAGCCUGCAGUGGGGCUGCCUGAAGGCAGCUGCCUGAGCCCUGGGCACGAUGGAGUUUUUGGGGACCACGCAGGUUGCCAGCUACUGUGGCACGCGGAAGAGCUGCCUGUUCCCGGACCCAGCCCCCACCAGCACCACCAAGGACACCUACCAGUCCUACUACCUACCAGGAUGCCGCUACCUCAGUUCCUGGAGGCCCAGUCUGCUUCACAGAGUGGUCUCAGUCCCUCCCAGCUCUGCUGAGCUGUUCAGUCCCACUGGGCGGCCACCCACUGUUCUGCCCACCUUGCGUUCCGCCCUCCAUUCCCGCUACAGCACUCGCGACUGGCACCAAGCAAACAUGGUUCAGCUAAAAGGCUCUGAAGCCUCCAGGUACUGGGCUGGAAGGCUGAACACUGAUUCCUUGCGACUGAUGCAAGAUAAGGACCAAUUGACUCACCAGAUGCAACAAGACAGUAGCAGAAACUUGGGAGAGAGGAUCUCUAACAUUGAUUUCUGGAGAUCUGAGCUCGCCUAUGAGCUAGAGUGUCUGCUCAAAGAGACCCAGGCCUUGGAAACGGCCAAGAAGCGGCUUGAAUGUGCUGUAGGUGAAAUGCAGGGACCGCUGAAGACAGCCCUGGAAUGCUUGUACUACCGCGAGAAGCGGAAGGAGAUAGACUUGGUUCAUGAUGAUGUGGAAAAAAACCUCAUGAAGGAGGUUGAUAUAUACAAAGAUUGUCAAGAAAUACUGGCAAAACUUGCACAAAGAAUCAAUCAUCAGUUGGGUAUCAACAGAGAUGCGCAGCAUGCCCUGGAGCAGGAUCUUUCUGACAAAAACUCAGCCCAUUUUAUUGACACGAAGUGCUUUAACCUGAGGAACACAUCAGACAGCAUCAACUUCUACCAUGGAGUGGAGAAAGCAGAUGGGACUGUUUCAGUUCCUGCAACAUGGGCUAAAUUCAGUGAAGACAAUAUCAGGUGCUCUCAACAUGCAAGGGCCAACUCUGUCAAGCUCCGUGAGGAUACAGAGGUUGCACUGGAGAGCACAUCUGAGGAGCUGUGGAAUCAAUUUGUCAGCACCAACUUGGCCUUUAACAGUCGCAUUGCCGAAGUAGCUGAUGCCAAGAACAAACUCCAAGCACAGCUGGCUAAGGUACUUCAAGAAAUCUUCCAGACAGAAGAUACAAUCAUGCUACUGGAGAGAUCCAUAAUGGCGAAGGAAUACCCGCUGAAAGUGGCUCAGACACGCCUGGAGGGAAGAACUAGGCGACCCAAUAUAGAACUGUGCCGUGACGCACCUCAGUUUCAGCUUGUUACUGAAGUUUAUACUAUAGAUGACACCUUACAGACCUUAAAGAAACAUCUGCAAGAAGCCCGUGAUACUCUGCAAAUGCUGCUUCACAACAAAUCAAAGCUGGAACACGACAUUUCUGUGAAGGCAAACUCCUUCUUCAUUGACAAGAAGUGUAUGGAGAUGCGCAAAACCUUCCCCUGCACCCCACGGCUCAUUGGCUACAUUUGAGCAGUAACCUUUGAUACCUCUCAUGCAUGAUACAAAAGCUGCAAAGGUUGCAAACACUUCCUGAAGGAAAUCAUUAUUUUGUUGGGGUUUUGUUUCUUUGUUUGAAAUCCAAUAGAAAUAAACCAACCAAAAUCAAUACUGUGCUUCUUUCCUUCGAACAACUGCGUAAUCUCAGCUAUAGCUGCCCCAUGGAAUGGAAUUAGUAGAUCUAUUCUAAAAGAAUCCGACCACACUAAAAUGACUAGAGAAAUUUUGCAUGAUUUGUGAGUUACUAGCUAAAGAAAAUUAAAAACUGACGCCCCGCACUUUUCACCAGAAGAAGUACAGUACAGGAUGUAACUGUCUGGGAUAUUGUGACGCCUGUGUUUCAGUCCUUGUCUGGAAAAGUCACUUUUGAAUGCUUACCCAUCCUUCAACUCUCUUUCUGUUUAGCAGACGUAAAUUUGGUGUUUGCUUGAAAUUAGAAGAGGUUGAGCAAACUUGAUUCAUAGAAGAAAAUCUUGUAUAUUUAUGUGAACUAUUUAUGACCAUUGUUUGCCUAAGACUGAGAGGUCUUAACUACACAGAACUGUGUACUAUCAGUAGAUGUCAAAGGACUUCAUGAGCACAGACAGUACCACAGUUCUUCAUCACUUCAUCAGGUGAAGACAAUGAAGGCUGAAAUGUUUACAGUGCAGUAAUCACAGUGAAGGAUUUGAG